AUGGUAUUCGCAGCGCUUAAGAAUCUCAAUAUCCAACAGCUUGAUGGAAAAUGGUACGUGGCAGCUGUGGCCACUGAACUCCAGAUAGGAGGCGACUGUGCUAUGGUCCUGUUCAAUCACAAGAACGACAACACCACGGACGUUUCAAUCAGUUGGAUCUCGAACAAUACAUUCAGUUUUUACAACGGCUCUGUUGAACUAACUGUUGAUAGUAACAACACUGGUGAUUUAUUAAUGGUCACCUACACAGAUCAGAGAACCGAAACCUACUCGUUUCUAGAUGUGGAUUACGAACAUUAUGCGGUUAUCUUCGCUUGUUAUGACAACGUCGAUGGCAUGAGUAGUACUUAUGAACUCUGGAAGCUUAGUAGGACCCCACACAUUAAGGACGAUGACGCGGUGAAACUGGACCGGGCGGUUUCCAACUACAGCCUUCAGGACACCGCCUUUGUGUUCUUCAAUAACACAGAGAACACAUGCAGAGUCAGCGGAGGCAGUUCCUUGGAUCCUUCCGCAGUGAUAAUGUCGUCAGCAAUGGCUGCAGCGAUAUUGAGACGUCUGUAC